AUGGCUGGGGAUGGCUCGGUGGGUUUGUUUCGCGUUUGGUUUGUUUGGGGUUGGAGCUUUGGGAUUUUUCGUUGGGGCUCGUUGGCUGCGUGUUGUUUAUCGGUUUCGUUGAGGGGGCUGACGGGACUGCCGAGGGGGUUGUCGUCGGGUGGACAGUUGAUGUUGGUUUGGGGAGGGUUGUAUGGGAAUGGUUCGGGGCUUAGACAGAAUGACGGCUCCCUUGGGAGUGAUUGGAGGCUCUCUUCUGGUCUUGGGCUCCGAGAACGGUUCCUGCUCUCUGGUGGUGUUGAGGAGGUCUUAUUAUAG